CUUCCGUAGUAUUUUCAUUUUCAUUUCAUUUCUUCUGAAAUUGCUUGAUCUUCAUUGUUUAUUAAAGAUAGAAUAACAGUUAACGUUUGGCAUACUCAGCCCUAUUUUCGACAGAGAUCUUAAGAAAACAAAAACAACAUCCAUAGGGUGAAGCUUAGAAGGUGAGCAUUCUGAAAGAUCAGCUUUCAGGAGGGCACGGAGUUCUGCCAAACCAAUGCUGGUGCCUCCUUUCAUAUACACAAUAAAAAUGGCAGAAAUGUCUCCUGACCCUUCUGAGAAACUGGUCGUCAUCCACUCCAAAACUCACAAACAUACCGUUCUAGCUAACUUUGAAGAACAAAGGAAGAAAGAUUUUCUUUGUGACAUUACUCUAAUAGUGGAAAAUGUGCAAUUCAGAGCCCAUAAAGCUUUGCUCGCUGCCAGCAGUGAAUACUUUUCAAUGAUGUUUGUAGAGGAGGGCGACAUAGGGCAGUCGAUUUACAUGCUGGAGGGAAUGGUUGCUGAUGCCUUUGGAGCACUGCUGGAAUUUAUUUACACGGGUUAUAUCCAUGCUACUGAGAAAAGCUCGGAACAGAUUAUAGCUACUGCACAGCUCCUGAAGGUGAACGACUUGCUGAGGGCCUACAAUGAGUACCAGGCCAGCCGCAGCCCCGGAGACACAAUGCCAAUCCCUUCCAACAGCAGCACCUCUGUAGCACUUAGUGCAGGUGACAAAAAAAGUGAAGAGCUGCCCAAGCGAAAACGGGGGCGACCGAGGAAGAUCAAUAUUGUCCAAGAGGAAAAACCAGGAGCAAAUUUUGCUGAAGAUGUGCAGCUGAAGGAGAAUAACUCGAUGCAAAAUAAACAAAACUUUAUGAAAAAAGACAUGGCAGCAGAAGGAAUAGUUGUCAGUGAACAAGAUCCAGCAUCCAGGAAAGAUGCAGAAGAAACAGAACCUGCUGGUGGAUCAGAACCUGCUGCCAAUCUGUCAGCUGAGAAAGAUGAGAAUUGUGAUCCCAGGACGGAAGGAAUGCAGAGUGCUCAGAGCCGUUACAGCAAACGUAGGCUAAGGAGGUCAAUCAAACUAAAAGAUUAUAAACUUCUUGGUGAAGAGGAAGAAAAAGGACUGGCAAAGAGAACUGAUGGAAAAAGAAAACGUACGGGUUCUGAGGCUCGUUGUAAAGACUGUGGCAAAGUAUUUAAAUAUAAUCACUUUUUAGCUAUUCAUCAGAGAAGUCACACAGGAGAGCGCCCUUACAAGUGCAGUGAAUGUGGCAAAGGCUUUUCCCAGAAGCACUCUCUUCAGGUCCAUGAGCGGAUGCACACGGGAGAGCGGCCAUACACAUGCACUGUCUGCAAUAAGGCUCUGACAACAAAGCACUCUCUUCUGGAACACAUGAGCCUACAUACAGGGCAAAAGUCUUUUACAUGUGAUCAGUGUGGGAAAUACUUCAGCCAAAAGAGACAGCUCAAGAGCCAUUAUCGAGUACAUACAGGCCGUUCAUUGCCGGAAUGCAACCAGUGUCAUCGCAAAUUCAUGGAUGCAGCUCAGUUAAAGAAACAUCUAAGAACGCAUACAGGUGAGAAGCCUUUCACUUGUGAAAUCUGUGGCAAGUCAUUCACAGCUAAAAGUUCUCUUCAGACUCACAUUAGAAUUCACAGGGGAGAAAAGCCAUAUUCUUGUGGGAUAUGUGGAAAAUCUUUCUCUGAUUCCAGCGCUAAGAGAAGACACUGCAUCUUACACACAGGCAAAAAGCCUUUUUCUUGCCCAGAAUGUAGUUUGCAGUUUGCUCGUCUGGACAACCUGAAGUCUCACUUGAAAAUUCAUAGCAAGGAGAAGCAGUUUCAAGAAGCCAGCACUGCUCCAAGCACCAACACUAAUUCAGAGGAAGUGAGAAAUAUUCUUCAGCUGCAGCAAUAUCAACUUGCCACCUCUGGAGGGCAGGAAAUUCAAUUGCUGGUUGCAGAUGCAGUGCAUAAUAUAAACUUCAUGCCUAGUCAUAAUCAAGGCAUUAGUAUUGUUGCUGCAGAAAGUGCCCCAAAUAUGGCAACAGGGCAUGCUACUAACCUCACGUUGCUUGCUCAGCCACCACAGCAGUUGCAAAACUUGUUGCUUUCAGCUCAGCAGGAGCAAGUGGAACAAAUCCAAAACAUCAGUGUGAUGGCAAACCAAAUAGAGACUGCUCAGCCUGAACAAAUGCACGUCAUCACCCUUUCCAAGGAAGCAAUAGAACAUCUCCAUGCUCAUCAAGGGCAAAAUGGAGAAAUCCAUUUAGCAGGAUCUUCCCAUCCAGAUUAGCACAUGCAGCUGGCCCAGGAAUCAAGUCAAUCGUCUCACUCUAGCCAAGAUACAGUUCCUUCUCACUGAAUUAGUGAAGACUAGAAUUAAAAUGUAUAUAUUUCUGAAUCCUGCCAGGAGUCUGUGUCAGUAAAUAAGUCAACUCAUGAGCAUCUGUGUGGGAACUGUUGAGUCAUGGCCUGAACCACUGAUUAAUCACCUGAGGCAAGGACUGGAUCAGCUGUUGGAGCACAGGUGAAGGCAAUUCAGCAGUGUGACCAGGAGUGGAGUCUGGUUUCACCCCUCCUAGACCCCAUUUAAGGACUGACUAACACUUUUCAGCAGCAUAAUCUUACCUGAACAUGUCUUGGUGAUUUUUGGUGGCGAAUUUCCAUUUUCUUGACCUUAUUUAUUUUAGACUUCUUUUAUUGUUAUCAGUUGGUAUUUCUCCACCAUUUAGUCCAUACCUCACUAGCAAGUAAAGCUGUUUUUUUUCUGUGCCUCACACAAAUCCAUGGCUCCUGGGCAGUUACUUGACCCCUUAUUUGCAUUUCCAUGUGAUGUUCUAGGGAAUUGUACUUUACUGGCUGAAGAACAGUGUUAAGAUGUCUGCUGUUAAGAUGUCUGCUGAUCAGAAACUACUACUUCUCUGAUGGAGUCAGCAGUACCUGAAUUACUGUCAAGCUUAGGAUAAUGAGUACUAUUUGCAAAGAUAAUGCCUUAUCUCUUACAUCUAAUGAACUUUCUCUUUGUGAGUUAAUGUAUAACUUUAUCUGUGACCAACCCCGUAAGUGCAUUUUGAUUUAUUGAAUACCAAAUUUGGUUUGAGUUGAAAUUAUUUAAGCCUUUGCUUCUGAGUUGUCCUUUCUGUUUAUGGUACUCUUGAAGAGUUUUGCUCCUCAGAAAUGCUUCAGCCAUUGCACUUGAAUGGUGGCAGUGCAAUGCAGUGGUUAUUCUGGACAGCUGAACAGCCCACAUUCUGUUAGUUCCACCACUCGCUCGCUGUGUGACAGUGAGCAAGGCAGUUGACCUCUGUGCCUUAGUUUCCCAUCUAUGAGGUGGGGUAAUGUUCGCGCACUCUGCCAAGCACUUUGAAGAGCUCUUGAUGUGGAAGGCACUGUCUAUUGAAGUGCGGAAUUCUCUUCCUGACAGGCCUCAGUCUAAGCUUAGGAGCCAGUUUCUAUUUAAAGUGUUAUUUUUUUGUACUUUUGAGAGCAGAAUGUAAUGUUACUUUUAAUAUAUGUUCAAGCUGGUAAUUGUUCAUGUCCCCAUAAAAACAAUGAAUGGAACAACUUCAGAGCAUAAUGAGCUAUAUAAAUGGGGCAUAUAGCGUUAAAUUGUACGGCUAUUUUUGUUGGCUAGAUUAGAUGUGUACAGAUUGUUUUUAAUGACUGCUGACAAAAAGAGAUAUGACAACUUAAUAAAAUGCCAUGUCAGA